AUGGAGGGAAACGUUUCCUUUGAGCUCUUUGGCAUCAGAUUUUGUGGCAAGUAUCACAUAUCAUUGUCAUACAAUUCUAACUACUACACCUCCAUUGUUUCUACGUUGCUUAAUUUUGUGAGAAUGUUUGUUCGAGCCCAUGAUGAAAACUGCAAGCAGCUUGAGUUUGAAAAGAAGAAAGCACUCAAGGAAGCAGAAAAUGAGAAGGUGAAAUUAAGUGCCUCGAAGAAGGACCAAGAUAAUGAAAAGAUGAAGACAAAUGCUCCCAAGGCAUCUAAGCACUUAAUACCAACUCAGUAGCAGUGCCAACUAAGUGAUUUCCAUUCCUUUUUGAAUUGGCGAUGACAAAGUUAUUGUCCAGUGGAUGAAAAAAAAUGGCCAAAUUCCUUUC